CGCUACUUGUCCGAACCAAUCGCUGCCUAUCGGGGAGACUGCGUGGCUGCUGCGUUCCGUAAAACGCGAAGAAGCCAAAAAGCAAGGGCAAUCGCAUCGACAAAAGCACCAAACGCUGGUCCUUUUCAAAAAACUUCAGUGCGCUUUUAUUUCCCCGCCGCUGUCACCUCUUAAAGGAGCGACAACAUUAUAUUAUUGAAUAUCCUAACGAAAACCAUCAGCCGAACAGUGUAAACGCGUGAAAAGAAAAGAAAGGAACGGAACGAAUAAAAUAGAAGUAAAACCGCUAAGCGAGUUCCGCAAAAUGAGUGGGGAUGUGGCUGCCGAAAAUAGCAUCCACAUACAAAAUGGUGGCAGCUGCGAGGUGGUUCAAUCCAACGGGGUGACCACCAAUGGACACGGACACCACCAUCACCACCACAGCAGCAGUAGCAGCAGCAGCAGCAAGCAUAAAUCCUCCAGCAAGGACAAGCAUCGUGAUAGGGAGAGGGAGCACAAGAGCUCCAAUUCCUCCAGCUCGUCGAAGGAGCACAAGAGCAGCAGUCGCGACAAGGAUCGACACAAGAGCAGCAGCUCGUCGUCAAAGCAUCGGGACAAGGACAAGGAGCGCGAUGGCAACAGCAACUCGCAUCGCAGCGGCUCAUCGUCCGGCCACAAGGAUAGGGAUGGGAGCAGCAGCAGCAGCAGCAAGCACAAGUCGUCGUCGGGCCACCACAAGAGGUCCUCGAAGGAUAAGGAGCGACGGGAUAAGGACAAGGAUCGCAGCAGCAGUUCAUCCAGCCGGCACAAGUCCUCGUCCAGCUCCCGUGACAAAGAGCGCAGCAGCAGCAGUCACAAGAGCUCCUCUUCAUCCUCAUCGAAGAGCAAACAUUCCAGUUCGCGGCACAGCAGCUCAUCUUCCUCGAAAGACCAGGCAUCGUACGAUGGCGUGUUUGUUAAGCCGGAGCCCGUUUCCCAACAGCUGAUGCACUCGGGCCCGGUGGAUGCUUACCAGAUGCAACAGCUCGGUAGCUACGAAGCCGCAGCCGCCAACACCAAUUUCAAUGGCAAUGGAAACGUUGCCGGUGCCAACUAUAAGAACGGCUACGAGGAAUCGAUCGUAGACAUCAAGAAGGAGGAGGAGAGCUUUAACAAUCUGUCGCAAGCCAGCUCCUGUGACUACUCCAUGUCCCAGUUUCGUGCCGAUGAGCCGCCGUUCGUGGUGAAGCACGAGCAGAGCUACGCCGAAGAGGACAGCACCAUGAACUACAAUGAUCAGGACGACGAGGCCGACGAGAUGAACGACGACGAGGAGGAUGUGCCGCUGGCCAUGCGCAAGCGCAAACAGGAGCCAACCGAUCGUCCUGAUGGCGGCAUGGAUGACGACGACGACGACAUUCCGCUGCUGGCGCGCAAGAAGAUCAAGAAGGAGAAGAUCAAGAAGGAGUCCAAGGAAAAGUCGAAGAAGCGGGUCAAGGAAGAGCCCAGUGAGGAUUACGGCAGUGUCAAGCCUAAAAAGAAAAAGAUGAAAAAGGAACCCGAGCCUAUAGUAUCCCCCGGCAAACGGCAGAAGACGAAGGUGAAGGAGGAGGAGGAGGAGGUGUGGCGCUGGUGGGAGGAGGAGAAGCGCGCCGAUGGCGUUAAGUGGUCAACGCUGGAGCACAAGGGACCCGUGUUCGCACCGCGAUACGAACGGGUGCCACGGAAUGUACGGUUCUACUACGAUGGCAAGCCGCUGGAGCUCUCUGAGGAAACGGAGGAGGCGGCCACGUUCUAUGCCAAGAUGCUGAACCACGACUACUGCACCAAGGAAGUGUUCAAUAACAACUUCUUCAAGGACUUCCGCAAGUCCAUGACGCCCAGGGAGAGGGAGAUUAUCAAAGAUUUCCGAAAGUGCGGCUUCCAGGAGAUGUUCAACUACUUCCAGGCGGAGUCCGAAAAGCGCAAGGCAGCCAGCAAGGAGGAGAAGCUGAUCAAGAAGAACGAAAACGAGGCGCUGAUGAAGGAAUUCGGAUUCUGCAUGAUUGAUGGGCACAAGGAGAAGAUCGGUAACUUCCGCCUGGAGCCGCCGGGCCUGUUCCGCGGCCGUGGCGAGCAUCCCAAAAUGGGCAUGAUCAAGCGGCGCAUCCAUGCCAGCGAUGUGUCCAUUAAUUGCGGCAAAGAUUCGAAGGUGCCUUCACCGCCGCCCGGAUCUCGGUGGAAGGAGGUGCGCCACGACAACACGGUCACCUGGCUGGCCUCCUGGAUCGAGAACGUGCAGGGCCAGGUCAAGUACAUCAUGUUGAAUCCCUCCUCAAAACUCAAGGGCGAGAAGGAUCACAUUAAGUACGAGACGGCGCGACGCCUGGACAAGGUAAUCGAUAAGAUACGUGCCACCUAUCGCGACGAGUGGAAGUCCAAGGAGAUGAGGGUUCGCCAGCGAGCGGUGGCCCUUUACUUCAUCGACAAACUGGCGCUGAGAGCAGGCAACGAAAAGGACGAGGAUCAGGCCGAUACCGUCGGCUGCUGCUCGCUCCGCGUGGAGCAUGUCCAGCUCCACAAGGAACUGAACGGAAAGGAGAACGUGGUGGUCUUCGAUUUCCCCGGUAAGGACUCCAUUCGGUAUUACAACGAGGUCGAGGUGGAGAAGCGCGUCUUCAAGAACCUCGAACUGUUCAUGGAGCACAAGAAGGAGGGCGACGACCUCUUCGAUCGUCUCAACACGCAGGUGCUUAAUGAGCAUCUCAAGGAGCUGAUGGAAGGUCUCACGGCCAAGGUAUUCCGUACGUAUAACGCAUCGAAAACACUGCAAAGCCAGCUGGAUCUAUUGACCGAUCCGAGCGCCACGGUGCCGGAAAAGCUGUUGGCCUACAAUCGCGCCAACCGUGCCGUGGCCAUCCUCUGUAACCAUCAGCGUUCCGUGCCCAAGAGCCACGAGAAGUCAAUGGAGAAUCUGAAGGAGAAGAUCAAGGCCAAGCGGGAAGCCAUCGAAAAAUGCGAGUCCGAGUAUAAUGUGAGUAUAUGCGAGACGAUGCUUCCGCACGCAGUAUGUUUAAUUGCCAUAACCCCAAUGCAGUCGAGAGACGAGAAGAAGGGCAAACAGCUGGACCGCCUAAGGGAUCAGCUGAAGAAACUAGAACUACAAGAGACUGAUAGAGACGAGAAUAAGACCAUUGCCCUGGGCACAUCUAAGCUAAACUAUCUUGAUCCACGCAUAUCGGUGGCUUGGUGUAAAAAGAAUGACGUGCCGAUCGAGAAGAUAUUCAACAAAACGCAAAGAACCAAAUUUCUGUGGGCCGUGCACAUGGCCGAUGAGAACUAUCGUUUCUAAAUGGGUUCUCCUCACAGCCACGCCUAGACACAAACACACACGUACGUCGCCUUCUCCACCAUCCUCCACCACCCCAUCAACCACACAUAAAAUCGAAGAAGAUGUAACGACAAAUCACACCCACCACAAGGCCGGCUAAUAGAUAGAUUCCAAGCUAGUCCCGCCAUUGUUUGGCCCACAGUUUAUGCAAUAGGUAGUGCAUAUGUCCAGCUUUCGGCCAACGCAGUGGAGGGAUGGUUAGCCAAAAUGAGCGAGACGGAAUGCUGGACUGCAUCGUGGUCGUGGAACCGCUUGUACGCGUCUGUUUUGUCUGCUUUGAAUCGUUUAAUGGGAUCAAGUGCACGCCAUGCCGAAGUCUAACUUGCGUUAUGUGCACACCCAAAACCCAACACCACUCCUAUAUCGUUACGCAAUAUGUCAGUUUUAUACAUCAAAGGCAAGAGAAGAUGUGAAACCUGUGCAAGACGUCGCCGCCACCUAAAAACAAAUGAGGAGCAAAAUUUUCUAUGCUUUUACAAAGCAAUUUUUUUGUCAAGAUGCCCUUUCUUAUAAUUACAUAUAAAGCAUAUAUACAUAAAUAUA